AUGAGUGUGAACCAUGAAAUGAGGAGGCAGGUCAUUGCCAUAUACAAAGAACUCCUUUACUUGGGCCGCGAAUACCCUUUGGGAUACGGCUACUUCCGUCCCCGCCUCCACAAGGCAUUCAUGUCCCGCGCCGGGGAAACAGACGAGGAUAAGAUUCGGACAGGCAUUAAGCAAGCCGAAUACGUAAAGAAAGGUACCAUAGUGGUUAUUCAGCCAGUCCCAACAUACCAUGUCCAGCGUUGA